AUGAAGGAGGAGAACAAGCGAGUCAGGAAAACCACGACUCACCUUGCCGAGGUUGUGGCGCAGCUGCACCAGGAGCAGAUGCGGUACCCCAGUUGCCAGAGGACGAGGGAUCUGCUGACGGUUAAGGACACGCAGCUGCGGGAAUACCAUGCGUCUAGGAGAGACCGCCUUCAUAUGAUGACCGGCACGAGCACGGAGCUGGCUGGGGAGGUCCCCUCUCCGUUCCUCUCGGCAAGGAUCAAACCUCUCCCAGGCAGGACGCUGAAUGCUGAGGUGGCUCAAACGCUGGAAGCGGACUGGUCGGAGGCAGAGGUGCAGCAGGCCUUCAAAGCGCUGGCGAAUGGGAAGUCCCCUGGGAAAGACGGGCUCCCGAAAGAGCUGUUUGAGAAGAACUGGGAUGUCCUUGGGGGCGAGUUCUUGAAAAUGGCGCAGAACUUCUCCGAAACAGCGUCGCUUCCUGCAAGCAUCAAAGAAGCUGUCACCAUACUGCUUCAUAAAAAGGGCGACAAAGAUAACCUGGACAACUAUCGCCCAAUCACCCUUUUGAACUUCACUUACAAGGUUCUGGCGCGGGUGGUGGCGAAUCGGAUGAAGCCGUUCUUGCACAGGGUUAUCUCGGCGGAGCAAUACGGCUUCAUCCCCGGAAGGAGAAUCUCAGACGCCAUUGGUGUGGUGGCGGAUGUCAUUGAAGCUGCAAAAAGAGGAAACGAGGACUGGUACAUGUUGCUGGUGGAUUUCCGAAAAGCUUUUGACUCGGUGUCGCGAGACUUCCUCUUCUCGGUCCUUCGUGAGAUGGGGUUCCCGGACAGAUUUGUCGGUUGGGAGGCAGUCCGACGAAAGCUGGGUCUCUGCAAUAAGGCCAAUCAGAGAUUAGUAUAUGUCGGAUACGCCGAUGACACGACCUUGUUUCUGGAGGGGAAGAGGCAAAUCGCCAGGGCGGAAAAACUCUUGGAGUACUUCGCCGGUUUAUCGGGGUUGAAGACGAACAAGGACAAAUCGGUCGUCCUACCGAUUGGCCAUAACCUGGGGAGACGGCCCGGCACGAUAGGCGGUUUCAAGUGGGCUAAAGCGGAGGAAACGGAGCGAGUCCUGGGUGUCUGGGUCACCCCCUCUGGCAGCAGCGGCCCCACCUGGAAAAAAGCCUUCGAGAAAAUCAUAGUGGAGCUGAUUAAGUGGAAGGCCCUUUUCCUCACCAUUGCGGCGAGAGUGGUCAUAAUCAACGGCUACAUCACGCCAAGAAUUGCAUAUCAAGCGCAGGUGUACCCACCUCCCGAGGACGUAUGGAAGCCGUUGAUGAAGCUGAUUCACAACUUCCUCACAGGGAACAACGCAUCGCCGGAAAAAGGUUUCGUGCUUUGGAACUGGGGACUUCUCACCUCGCCCAAAGCUGACGGCGGAUUGGGGGUGUUGGACCCGGAGAUCCUACUUGCCUGCCUGGCGGCACGGAGAAUUGGGGGGCUGUUGCUGGAGGAGAACGGCAAAAAAAAGGAGAUUAUGCUUAAGGCCGCGAACCUCCCACUUGGAGAAGACACCUUCCUGGCACACGAAAGGUUGCUGAAGCACUGGCCAGGGGUUGACACGCGAUGGAAGCAGGCGUGUGCAGCUUUCAUGAAGUCGCCUAUCGCUGACACCGGGAAAUCCUGCAAUAAGGAGGAGGUUGCUAAGGAGAGGGUCGUUUUUAACCGGAAGCUGCUUCUCAAUGGAUCGAACCCGAUCGGAGGACAGAAAAAGCGAAGGGGCUGUGGGAGUCACGUCUGGGUGAUCUAG